GAGGACUUAAGAAGGAAGUUUCAGUGAAUCAACCGACACUGAUAGCCUUGAUCGAGUACGGAGGAUUGAUUUUUAAGGUUGUUGGAGACAAGCAGUUUAUUGACAAUCCUCAUUAAAAACCUGGAAGUAUCCGAACGUCGAAGAUGUUGUUAACUUAAACAUAAAAACUCGCUGUGGGAAAAGUAGGCACUCUAAUACAAGGUAAAUAUCAAUGAGUGUUAUUUUAAAGAAGACUUUAAAUUAUAUUGAUUCUUGAAGGCACAGUAGUGUUUUCAAAACAGGAUUGCAAUUUCUUCGAUAUGUUGAGGAGAAAACAAUAUAAAGCCACGUAUCAAUGAAUAGAUGUGCUGUGAUUAACUCAUUUAUCAGUUAUAGUCGUGUGACUGAAUGAAACGCUGCAGCAGUUUGUAAUAGGAAAACGUCUGCGCUCUGAAACCUUCUUUCGCUGCAACCAAAAGGAACAGGAACAAUACGAACGAUUAACAGUAACCAACCAAAAAGCUAAGUCUGGUGACAUCGCUUUUCUUCCGAACGUGUAGGAAUCGAUACAGACGGCUACAAACGGGAGUACAUUUCAUGCGUUCCAAAGCCCAAACCUGAAACCGAAGUGUGACUGGAAUAGGCGAGGCAGACCGCAUGUCUUCAAUUUUAUUGGAUAAAGCAUGUCGUACGUCAUUCAUUAAGAAGAAGAUUUCAAAGCAACAACUUAUUCAUGAAGACUACACAAUGGAACGUGUUGGUCAGCCUGUAGGAUUCCAUAGAGGCCUUUUAAUUGUGUACAUGCUCUUGGCAGGUCACUCAACAUUGAUUUCGUUGGUGGAAGCCAAUGCCAACCAUUCUUUUACCUUGGUGUCCAAAGAGAAACAGCUGAUCAAGUUUCUACUGGAUCGGUAUGCAGAGUUUGGGCGUAUUGGCAGACCCGUUAUUAACACAUCAGAGAUCAUUACAGUCAAUUUUGGUCUUUCUCUGAUCCAAAUUCUGAGAGUGGACGAGAAGAAUCAGGUCUUAGAAACCAAUGUCUGGGAGACCUUUACUUGGAAAGAUGCACUGCUGACAUGGAAUCCAGAUGACCAUGAGGGAAUUAAAAAAAUCCGCGUUCCAUCGGACUUAGUGUGGAUCCCGGAUCUCAAACUUUACAAUUUUGCGGACCCGCGGUUAAAAGAACAGCGAGAAACACUAGUUGUCGUGGAAUCGGACGGAUCUACUCUAUGGAUGCCACAAGCUAUUCUUCGCAGCAACUGUCCAUUCAGUACAACCUACUUUCCUUUUGACACACAGACGUGCAAACUGAAAUUUGGUUCCUGGUCAUACGAUGGAACCCAGCUGGACCUGGAGUUCUUUCAGGGCGUUCAUCAAAUGUCUCUUACGGAUUAUCUCAGUGCGACAGAGUGGGAUAUCAUUGACAAUUUUGCAAACAAAACAGAAUUUUUCUAUGAAUGUUGCCCAAAUCAGCCGUAUCCAGACCUGACCUUCUAUGUUCAGAUAAAGAGAAAGGUUGCCUUUUACUCGUUCAUUUUAAUUUUGCCAUGUGCUUUGUUGUCUUUACUGACAUUAGUGAUAUUCUGGGUACCACCCGAGUCUCCUGCAAAAUUAGUUCUUGGAAUGAAUGUAUUUGUUGCCUUUUUCGUCUUGCUAUUACUGUUGGCAGAAUCAACACCUAAAGCUGCGGAAAGUGUUCCAUUGAUUGGAACGUACUUCUGUCUCAGCAUGAUAAUGAUCACCCUUUCCACAAUCCUAUCCGUCAUAGUGACAAACAUGUUCUUCCGAGGUGUUCGUAUCAACCGGGCACCUGCUUGGCUUCGCACGUUUAUGAUCGAUAUUGUUGCCCGGAUAUUUUUCAUCCGAAGCAUGCUAAUUGAGGACCAGCUGAUGGAAUCGUCACAAAAAGUAGUAUGUUCUCAAGUUCGUCUUCUGAAUGACGGGAAAGAGGAGCAGACGUUUAGGCUGCCCAAACCCCCUUCUAUGCAAAACACAGGACUCCAGCAGAAUUCGGGCCUGCCACAAAUGUUUGAACAAAACAAUUUUCAUACAAAUCCUGAUAGCAACGAAAACGACAGGCUUGGUAUACUCAAAUCCAGUCUGGCAACUGACCUUCGUAAAAUUCGUGAAAUUCUGGAAUAUCACAAGGACAAAAAAGAAAAGGCAGAGAAGAAAGAGAAAUAUCUAAGAGAGUGGCGGGUUAUCUGUUGCGUCACCGACCGCUUGUUCUUCCUGUUGUAUGUUUUAAUCAACGUCACGAUGAUCAUUGUCAUUUUCUACGGAAUCAAUUGAAAGUUGAAUGCCAUCCUUCUUUAAUAGUAUUACUAAUCAGUUUGUGGUAAUUUGUGUGUGUGUGUGUUCUAUUAUGCAUUAGGGAUGGGGUUAAUUAUACACCUAUGUAAUUGAAUUAAUAUUACAAUUAUUUUACCAAAACUUUCCUUUAAAUUACAAUUACUACCAUCUAAAGGUGCGAUUAAUCAAAUUACAAUUAUUUUACUGAAGUAAUUGAUUAUAUCACAAAUUACAUUUCUAUCAGUUUUCAAAAUUUAAUUCGUGGAUAUUAUAAUAAUAGAAAUGGACAACAGAUCUUCAGCCAUUGUAAUGUCCUGUUGUCUAAAGUCUCCGUGGUGUAUCAGACCCGGGUUUUCUCUGAAAUACAGUAACAGUGAAAGAUUCAAAAUCUAAUUACGUCAUUUAAACAUGAAAUAAAAAUUCAAUAUUUACCAUCAUAUCAAUUCUAAUACAUUAAUUUCCCUUUGGUUACCCUAAAUUAAUUUUCAUGACGAAUUAAAAAUAUAAUGAAUUUGUGCGUCACAAAAUCAGAUACCACUUCCCCGCCUCCUGGUAUAAUGGAAUACAUUCGAUGCACUUAACCUUGAAAAUUUCUGCCCUGGGAAUUAGGGGGUACCUCAAAAUGCUUAAACC